CCUCUCGGUCAUAGAAAAGAGAAGAGCAUGCGAUCCGAUGCGCCGAGUCGGCUCUUGCGGGCCCUGGCUGGUCCUCCCUCCUCGAGGCCUCGACGCCAUUGCGCGAGGCGAGUCCGCGAAAUCGGUCGCGUGGGUGGUACAAGUGCCUCGCGAAUUCUUCCGCCGGGGACGAGUGUCAGCUCGGCCGGGGUUUUUGUGUUGCGCGCCGCCGGGCGCGGUUCAGUUUGGCCGCACGCUGGGGCGUUGGGGCGUAGACGCGGCGCGUCGAAGGGGGCGCCUUGUGGGGCUCGCGCUCUUUGGUCGUGUCGUCGUUCGGCGACGGCGCCGCGGACGUUGGUUCCGCUCUGCCUUCGGCGAAAAAACGGAGUCGCGAUUACCGAUGAUGGCGGGAAUCACGCCUCUUCGCGGCGGGUCGGAAAACUUUCGCCGCUCCCGCCUCCGCGCGGCGGCGAGAGGCCUCACUCGACGGUCGCGCGCCCGGCGCCACCGGCCGCCGCUCCCCCGAGAGCUCGGCCCUCGGCGCUGGAGCCAGCGGCUUGGGACGAGUCCGCGCAGGCGGUCCCGCACACCGACGUCCGCGCACUCCCGAGUCACUUCUCUCACCGAGCGGAAAUGGAGUGGGCGCGCCGCUGGCAAGAGGACGGCAUUUACAAGUUUGACAGCCGGUCGAGCAACGAAAUUUUUUCGAUCGACACGCCUCCCCCGACCGUGUCUGGAGAGCUCCACAUGGGUCACGUUUACUCGUAUUCUCAGACCGACAUGAUAGCCCGCUUUCAGCGCAUGCACGGCAAGUCCGUGUUCUACCCGAUGGGCUGGGACGACAACGGCUUGCCCACCGAGCGCCGAGUGCAGGACCUCUAUCACGUUUGGUGCUCGGACCGCGUCGCCUACGUGCCCGGCCUGAGGGUCGAGCCCCGAGGCCCGGCGUCGCCGAGCGCGCCUCGCCGCCUGAUUUCUCGGAGGAACUUCGUCGAGCUGUGCGAGGGGGUCGCUCGAGCGGACGAGGCGCGUUUCCGCGAGCUAUUCACCCGCGUCGGUCUGUCGGUGGAUUGGGCGUACGAAUACGCCACGAUUGACAGGGCCAGUCGCAGGGCGGCGCAGCAGAACUUCCUGAACUUGCUCGACAUGCGGCAGGUCUACCAGGCGUCGAGUCCCACGCUGUGGGACGUCGAUUACGGCACCGCCAUAGCGCAGGCCGAGGUCGAGGACAGAGAGGUCGCGGGAAUCUUGUACAAAAUUCGAAUGUGUUUGGCAGACGAUUCGAGCCGCUGCAUCGUGAUUGCCACCACUCGCGCCGAGUUGUUGGCGUCCUGCGUCGGCGUCGCGGUGCACCCGGACGAUGCGAGGUACAGGGGCGUGGUCGGCCGAGACGUCGUCACGCCCUUGUUCUUUUCUCGAGUUCGCGUCUUCUCGUCUUCGCUGGUCGACCAGAGCAAGGGAACGGGUGCCGUCAUGGUUUGCACGUUCGGAGACUCGCUCGACGUCGAGUGGUGGCGAAGCGAAAAGCUCCCCCUCCUCCAAACCGUCGGCAAGGACGGCAGGCUGUUGGUCGACGUAGACUUCAAGCCUCAAGGACCCGAAUCGGUCGCCGCGCGCCCGAACAACGCCUUUCGAUCCCUCCGUCCGGAUGCGGCGAACCGAUACUACCGAGUCGUCGCCGGCAAGUCCGUCGAAGAGGCCCGCAAGACAAUCCUCAAGUGCCUCGCGGGAGAGAUUCGACUCGACGACGACGGUUGCCAGCCGAGCGCCCUCUGCUCGUCCCCCGCGCACAUCCGGCACCCAGUCAAGUAUUUCGAACGGGGCACUCGACCCCUCGAGUACAUCCCAAACAGACAGUGGUUCCUGAAGACACUCGACAAGAAGGAUGCCCUGCUGGAACAGGGCGCGAAGGUCCAGUGGCUCCCGCCCUCCAUGGCUCAAAAAUACAACGACUGGAUCCAAGGCCUCAACUCGGACUGGUGCAUCAGUCGGCAGCGGUUCUUCGGCGUCCCCAUCCCGGUCUACUAUCGCGUAGAGCGCGGCAACGUCUUGUACGACCAAAUCAUACUCCCUUCCGCAGACCGGCUCCCCGUCGACCCGCUCUCGGACCCGCCAAGCGAGUUCCCGGAGGCGCAGAGGCACUCCGAGAACGGCUUCGCUCCAGACCCAGAUGUGUUCGACACCUGGUGGACCUCCAGCCUGACCCCCCAAAUCGCGACCAAAUGGCUCGAGGACGAAAAACUGCACCGACAACUCUUCCCCAUGAACCUCAGACCCCAAUCGCACGAAAUCAUCCGCACCUGGACGUUCUACACAAUCGUCAAGUCCCUCCUGCAAGAAAACUCCACCCCCUGGAAACAGGUGGCCAUCUCCGGCUGGGUCCUCGACAAAAAGGGCAAAAAACUGUCCAAGUCCAAGGGAAACGCGAGUCUAGCGCCCGCCCAGGUGCUGGAAAAAUACCUCUCCGACGGCGUUCGCUACUGGGCCGGAUACAUGCGUCUGGGAAACGACGCGGUCCUCGACGACCGACACCUCACCGUCGGAAAGCGCCUCGUGACGAAAAUAUUCAACGCCGGAAAACUGGUCUUUUCCCACCCCCCCCAUUCGCCCCACGCGAACGUAACGCACGCUCUGGACCUCUCCCUACUCUCCCAACUCCACAAACUGGUCACCCAGUGCGACGAGUGGUCCCGACACCACCAGUUCUCGAAAGUGCUCCGAGAAACCGAAAUUUUCUUCUGGAGCCGCUUCACGGACAAAUACCUGGAAAUGGUCAAGGCCCGAGCGCGACAACGCGAAUCGAACCCCCUGGGCUCCGACUCCGCCAUCGCAACCAUGCAAACCGCCAUGAACGUCAUUUUGCGCCUCUUGGCCCCCAUUCUGCCACACAUCACCGAGGAGGUCUGGUCCUGGUCCCUGGCGAAGCGCACCCGCUAUUCGAGCGUCCACCUCUCUCCCUACCCCACUCAACGGGAACUCUCGGACCGCUUCCCGCAGCUAUCGGACGAGAAGAAGCUGAGCGCGUACGAAAACGCGCUCACCACGACCCUAGCGUGCGUCGACACGCUCAGAAAGUGCAAGGCGGACGGCGGGCUCAAGCUCUCCGACUCGGUCGAAAGGUUCCAAGUCCAAAUGCACCCGGAGCACGUCGAGCAGCUGCAGCCAAUGUGGGAAGACGUGCUGUUCGCGCUGCGCGCAAAGGGGGUCGAAACGAUCCAAAACGAAAGUUUGGAAAGGAACGCGUUCAAGGCCGCCAUCUUGUCGCAGUAACAAAAAAGCGCGUCUCUCUUUUUUCACCGCGUCCCUCCCCCCCUCUUUCGAGCCGCGCCAGAUGCCGCCUCGUUUGACACACAACGUGUAUGUACAUGAAUUUAUAAUACACGAGCCACACACGGACUUUUUCUCGA